CGAUAGCCUUCAAGGAGCCCACAGACCAAACCCAACCAGCUGGGUGUUUCACUUUCUCCUGACAUCCACGACCACAGAGACACCCGAAACCACAGCGGCGUUUGUUCGAGGGCUCUGCUGUCAGAUUUCAGAGUUUUUUCUCUUUCUUCAGCUCCGCGGGUGGAUUUCUGGGGUGCAAAGAACCCAAGGGGGAAGCUUUUUAAUGAAGAGAAGUGAAUUUAACUUUUUGGGGGACGACAUGGCACUCCGGCAGGACUCUGAGAAGGAGCCCAGCGUUGAGUUGUUCAUUAAGGCCGGACAUGAUGGCGAGAACGUGGGGAACUGCCCCUUCUGUCAGAGGCUCUUCAUGGUCUUAUGGCUGAAAGGAGUCAAGUUUACAGUCACCACUGUUGACAUGAGGAAAAAGCCAGCCGAGCUCAAAGACCUGGCCCCCGGCACCAACCCUCCUUUCCUCCUCUACAACGGCACCCUCAAAACAGACUUCAUCAAAAUCGAGGAGUUCCUUGAACAAACACUGGCCCCUCCCAGGUAUCCUCACCUCAGCCCACUAAGCAAAGAGUCCUUUGACGUGGGUGCCGACAUUUUUGCAAAGUUCUCUGCUUUCAUCAAGAACAGUCCCAACAACACCUUCCAUGAGAAAAACCUGCUGCGGGAGUUCAAGCGUCUGGACAUCUACCUGAACUCGCCCCUCCCCGAAGAGAUUGACCUCAACUCCAGAGAAACCAUCACCGUCUCCAAGAGGAAGUUUCUGGACGGCGACCGGCUCACCUUAGCCGACUGCAACCUGCUGCCCAAACUGCACGUGAUCAGGAUCGCUUCCAAGAAGUACUGCGACUUUGACAUUCCCGCAGAGUUCACAGGCGUGUGGCGAUACCUUCAGAACGCCUACCAGAGAGAGGAGUUCAAACAGACGUGUCCCGCCGACAUCGAGAUCGAGAAAACUUACUUCACCGUGGCCAACAAGAGGAAGUAAAACCUUUUGAAUUGUCUGUAAUCAAUGGGCUGUUUUCGGUCAUUGUAACUGUGCAUGUAAAGAUGGCGAUCUGCAGAAACAAGAAUAAACUGUGGCAAUGGAUCAGACACACUUUCACCUGAAAAAAACAUUUCACCUGUUGCUGCAGUACGACUUUGGGACGAGCUGAAGACAAAUGUUUUAUUGUUUAUGUGUAUUGACUGUUUAUCCUUAGUCACUCACAGACAGUUGGCCAAAUGUGCAAUCCAUGUUUAUAUUUAUAUUGUAAAUAAAUAUUUUUCCAGGCUUUUUAAGAUCAAAACACCCUAAUUAAAAUCCAUAUAUGAUUGUGUUGGUGUGAGCUCACACACAUUUCAUUUCUAUACAAAUCAUUAAAUACACCGCUGUACCUGGUAUGAUUCAAUUGUCUCACUAUCACACUAAUAAAGAACAUCAAAUGUA